UGACUCCCCCAGCCGAAAACGAGGCCCGGCCAACUUCUCUUUGCCUUCCCUGCUGCCCCAUCUUGGAUCCCUCCCCACUUCGAUUAAAGAAACGUCCUCCCUCUCAAGUCUCCAAGUUUUAAAAACCAAUUUCCCCAUUAUAUUCUUUCUUUCUCUCCAUUCCAUGAAUGAGAGAGGUCCCUCUUCAUUACCACAACUUCGCUUGUGUUUUGUAGCUCUACUUUUCAUGGCACUGCUCACUUCCUUACCAGAACCACGGAAGACGCCAUCAGAGAAGACCAGUCAUAAUAACAAGAAACAUCCAUCAAAACGCAGGAAAAAGCAACAACCUCAGAAGCCACCAUCAUCGUGGGACCAAUUCAAGAACUUGUUGACUUGCAAGCAGAUCGAAGGGUCAAAAGUUCAUGAUCCCUCAAUCCCAAAGUUGGGGUCUUGCAGCUCAAUAUGCUCUUUCAGGGAUGUUGUUUAUGGGAACACGAGCAGGGUGGUCCACAGAGCUGAUAAUUCUCCUGAAAGCAGUAGCGUUGGACAGGAAACGCGACUUCUUAGCAAGAAAUCUUCUCAUGGAUCAUCCUCCAGGUCUUUCUCAAGCUCACUCAGAUCAAACGGUACUAGUGUGACGUACAACAAUGGGUCCUGUAGAGGCAUGCAAUUCAGAAAGCUCUCUGGAUGUUAUGAGUGCCACACCAUAGUUGAUCCUAGCAGGUAUCCUUUGCCAAGGACAACCAUAUGUGCUUGCUCUGAAUGCGGAGAGGUCUUCCCAAAAAUUGAGAGCUUGGAGCAUCAUCAAGCGGUCAGGCAUGCUGGUACUCUUCUUCUUUCGUUUUUACCAUUUCUAUAUUUUUAACUGUGUAUAAUUUUAGCUAGGUUGACCCUCCUAUAGAAGGCUGGAAUCAUGUCUUGUGAGCCUAUCCCUUCUAGUCUAUGGUUUUGCAACAGCAUUCGUACUAAAACUACUAAUUUUCAUAGUUUCCUCUUCUAUUCAUGGUGACACAGAUGAAAUUCAGUUUAGCAAUAAAUAUGAGGAUGCCCUCUUUGAACGAAAGAUGGAGACGAGUGAUGACCAAGCUUUUCUCAACUUGGUUUUCUUGUGCCACUAUUUUGACUGUUCAUUUUGCUGAAAUUUGUGUCAACUGCAACAUCAAAAACUUUUUUUUCUACAGCAAAACAAAAAUCAAAAAC